AUGCUGCUAUCGAAGAUUUGUUUCGCCGUCCCUCUUCUCGUGCACCUGGGCCAUGGGAGUGGCUUUGUUGUCGCACCCGCAGAGGUCUUGAAGCAGAUGACCACCAUCAUGGACCCCCUGCAGCUCGAGUCCUACUACGGCGGCCCCCAGGCGUUUCUCCUCGUGGUGAUGCUUUUCCGCCUUGCCGGUCUCUUCGAGGUGCUGGUGGCACUGGGAGUGCUACUGCUCGGGGACUCGAAGAUGGGACACAUGAUUAUGCUUGUGUUCGGCGUGGUGAGCAUGCUGGCGCUGGCCACUUCCACGGAGGCUGCUUUUGGCGUGGCCUCGACCGUUCUCGAGGGCUCCAGCGCAAUGCCGCAGGGACACCGCGACGGGCUGAAGAUCGGCAUCGUCUCGAACACCGUCACCACUGCGCUUCCUUUCCUCGGUGCCAUGGUCACCGACGUUACGAACAAGGGCUCCUUGUCGAGGGCCGCCUCGGUGCCCUCGCGUUUGCUUCUCCUGUUCUACUCGCUUGUCUUGGGCGGCGCCGCGCUGGGACUGCUGUCAUGGCCGCAGACCUGGCUCAGCGUCACGAACGAGUGGUUCACAGCUGGUAAGCCUCUGGUGCAGAGCUCCCUGGGCGCCGUCCUUCAGGUCCUCACCGCUCGACAGUUGGCAUCGGCGGCGCUGCCGUUUGCCAUGCUGUCUUUCGGCCUGGAAGCACCACGACAGUAG